UUUAUAUAAAAAUAUACAUAUAUACAGUUCGUUUAAGGCCCUCUUCACGAACUUGUUUGAUUCAAUAAUGGAGGAACCUUCAAAAUCGCCAUUGCCCGAAGCUUUCCUUAGCUUUCUUCAAGCAAAUGGGAUCGACCCAUCAAUUUAUAUAGCCUCUGAUUCAACCCCUCGUUACCUAAGAUUGAAACCAGGGAGUGAAGCUGAAAUUGAAGGAAUUGAAGCUGAGAUAAAGUGUAAGCUUGAGAAAGUGAAUUGGUUACCUGGUUUUUAUUCUCUUCCACCUGAUAUUUUGAUUGCCAAUUCAAAAUCAUACUUGGAUGGGAAGAUUUAUGGAAUUGAUGCUGCUUCUGGUGCUGCUGUGUCAGUCUUGAAUAUUUCACCAGGGGACCAUGUGCUCGAUCUCUGUGCUGCUCCCGGUGCUAAACUUUGUAUGAUGUUGGAUCUUCUUGGUGGUUCGGGUUCUGUAACUGGUGUUGAUGUUGCACGACAUCGGUUAGCAGCUUGUCGAACGAUGUUGCAAAAAUAUUCCUUGGGUGAUCGGUGCCGACUAUUUGUUGCUGAUGGGACAACAUUUUCUCUUGCUCCUUUGAGGGUCGAUUCCCGUUCUAGAUCAUGCGAAUCUUCGUUCGAGGAAAAGGAUGAAAGAUUUAGGGAAUGGACUUCUAGGAGACCAUGGAAAGAAAGGAAAAGAGCUGCAAAAGCACGGGAAACCAUGUCUUUACAAUCGGUUACAAUGAGUGAAAACCCUGAACUUAUCUUUUACGGACGGCAUUCCGGAGUAGUCGGUCUCAGUAAAAACAAACUGUAUAAAACCAUGUCCGAUCUUGAAGUUUCAAGCUGCAGUUAUGACAAGGUACUCGUGGAUGCAGAAUGUACGCAUGAUGGAUCGGUUAAACAUAUCCAAAAGUUUGAAAAUUGGGGAUGGACAACUCUUCAACGCCGUGUAUUGGAUGCCGUGAGAACAGAUAGCUUAACUCUACUUCAGUUAAAACUUCUAAGGAAUGGUUUUAGACUGCUGAAAGUCGGGGGGUUGCUGGUUUACAGCACUUGCAGUUUGACAGUUGCUCAGAACGAAGACAUAGUAGAGCAGUUCUUGAAGGAAAACACUUCUGCAGAACUACAGGAAAUAAACGAAGCAGAAGAGUGGCCCUGUAAAAGUGGGAGGAUACCAAAGACAUUACGAUUCGAUCCCUUGACAUCACAAACUAGUGGACUUUUUGUAGCUAAGUUCACAAAACUCGCCGCUUAAUUAAGAUUUACAUUCUGGGGUGCAGAGAAUCGUCUCUUCGUUGCUGCACUUCAACCUCAGAUCUCGGCUGUUGCCUGUUUCACUACUUUUGGUAACACUGGUUUUUUUAUUGAUGAUCAAAAAAUUUUGUAUUUUGAUUGUUUGUUUUAGUAUAGUUAUAAAAAUGAUCCCAAUUUAAUUACAGAAUUUAUCGUUACUACCUUUCUUUACCUCAUUGCAAGCAUGUUGGAUUCCAUCUUGUAGAUGUUAUAUACAUAUGCAAUUCUCUACAUUUAUUAGUGAGUACUCGAAACUUCUUCAUCACACGAGUAUGACAGACACCUUAGCUCCAGUAUCAUGUGGCCUUAGGCUCAACGUCCUUACGUCAACUUAUGUCUAAGUUAUAUGUAUAAGCAACUUUUUCUAAUGUGUAACGUUGAUUUUCUUACAUUUAUUGAUGAGUACUCGAAACUUGUCGGUUACAUGAGCAUGACAGAGACUUUAGCUCCGGUAUCAUGUGGCCUUAAGCUCAAAACUUCCGUCCUUACAUCAACGAAUGUCUAAGUUUUAUGUAUAUGCAACUUUUUCUAAUGUGUAACACUGAUUUUCUUACAUUUAUUGACGAGUACUCGAAACUUGUCCGUUACAUGAGCAUGACAGAGACUUUAGCUCCGGUAUCAUGUGGCCUUAGGCUCAAAACUUCCAUCCUUACGUCAAGGUAUGUCUAAGUUAUAUGUACAUGCAACUUUUUCUAAUGUGUAACGCUGACUUUCCUACCUUUAUUAAAGAGUACCCGAAACUUGUCCGUCCGUUGCAUGAGGAUGGAAGAGAUUUUAGCUCCGGCAUCUUGCCGUCCUAGACUCAAAACUUACGUCUUUACAUCAACAUAUGUCUAAGUUGUCAACUUUAUGACUCUUCUUGAUUAAGUGUUUACUCAUGCAAAAGCACUACAUGAGUAGUUUGAAACUGUGCCUAUGCCUCUUGGUUUAAUUCAAAUUGUGGAUUCGGAUUUUGAAA